GGGGUGUGGUUAUGUGCUGGCAGUACAGGUUAGAGGAGCAACACAACAGGUGUGCACGGUUUACACUGAGCAGAGGGCUGUCGCUCUGAGGCAGACCUGGAGAGAAAACUACAGGUUUGUUUUUUUGGGGAGGGAAAUUAAAGAGCGACAAGAGUAAGGCCAAACAAUGGCCAACUUUGGAGGACACGCCAUACCGGGCUCCUUUUUCCUGCUGUUUGGGUUCUGGUUAACGGUGAAGCAUGUUCUCCAACACUACUGGAGGACAAGUCAGCCCAAAGGAAGGCAGAUCAUGCCUCCUUUCUUUAAGAAGAUGGAUUAUGUUGAAGGAGGAUUUCAAAUCUUUGCUUCAUUUGUUGGUAUCAUGGUGGAGCAGUUUGUGGUGGACGGCCCACAUGCCCGCCUCUAUGAUCGGGAGAACACCUCAUGGGUCAAGCUGAUGAACUGGCAGCACAGCACCAUGUAUCUGUUCUUUGGGAUCUCAGGAGCAGCGCUGCUUGCCAGUCUGACGAUCAAACGGGUGCCGCUUGGUGUUGACCGCCUGGCUCUCUCCAUUGCUCUUUUUGUUGAAGGAUUCCUCUUCUUGUACCAUGUGCAUGGUCGGGAACCCCUUGAUGCUCACGUCCACACCUUACUUCUGUUUGCCGUGUUCGCCGGAUCGGCCAGUAACAUGCUGGAGGUGUUCAUAAGGAACAACAUCCUUCUGGAACUGUUCCGGGCACAAAUGUUCUUCCUGCAGGGUUCAUGGUUCUACCAGAUUGGAGUUGUUCUCUACCCCUUAAAUGGAGACGCAUGGGAUUUAAAGCUACAUGACAACAUGAUGUUUGUCACAAUGUGUUUCUGCUGGCAUUUAGCUCUGUCUAUGCUUUUGGUCACCUGUAGUGCCUCCAUUGUUUGCUUCACCACAACAAGAUGCUCUGUAAAAGGACGGGAUAUAGAGAUUGGCAUGCGAAACACAUCCUCCAAAACCAGCUCUCAGAAAGCUUUACUUGAAGAGUCGGAUGAAGAAUGAAAGGCUGGUUUCUGCUUUAUGUUUUUUUUUUUUUUAAACCAAAUUUCAUGUACGUU